AUGCCUGAGUCUCCAAGUGAGCUAGGUCAGAUACAACGCCUCCGCCGCUCCCUCACCCUUCCCACCAAAUUAAACCCACUCGCGCAACGUCGCUCGAGCGUGCCGAAUACCCCCGAACAUGUAAUUUUCUAUCACCCAUCUGCGAAAAUUGUGCACUUCUCUCCAAGAGCGCUCGCUCCUAUUCCCUCCAGCACUGCGCCAUCCGACUUCGACUACCCGGUUGACACCAUCGAAACACUCCCCUGGCGCUCUGCGACUGAAAGAACGGUCGCAACAGCGCCACUGAGGCUUGAGAAGGUUCAUGGCUCAACAGCUUUCCUGAAAUGUGGAACUGUUGUCCAUGCGAUCCUGAAGAACUCGCAGUGUUGGUGUGUCGACGGAGUCUCGAGGUUUGUUUUGCGCAUUCGCCCCCUUACAUACUAUCGCAUUGAAAUACCGCACGAGACGGACGACGACCGGCGCUUGGUGCAGGAUCUGAAGAUCGCGUUUCCCACCGUUCUUCGGUAUGAGGUCACGCCAUGUCCUUUCAAACGCGCUUUCAGCGUUGAGCUGCCGAACGAUGCGAUGGCACCUCGGCGCAAAAAGGCAUGGCAGCCUAAAGAUCGGAGAGAAAGGGUACCGACCGCUCUAGAACCUUCGCGAGAGACACCAUCACCCUCUUCAACGAGGUCAGAUUGCAUAGAUUCCGUGAGCACCGGGGACGACACCGACGGAAACUUAACCGAUGACAGUUGGGUUGCUUCAAAAAAAGCGAACAGUACAACUAUGGAGACUACUCCCGACGAUCAGAAAUUCUCUACUGCUGAGGCUUUGAGUCCUUCUCUAUCCCUCGAUCCUCCCAGGUGCUCAGUGACCGAACUACCACCAACCGUCACUUGCUUGCUUGCAAAGUUUGAGGCUACAUCAGUCGCAGAAGAUGGCCAUGACUUUAAAGCUGUGCUCAACCCAGAUUACCAAUCCGGUACCAAUUCUGCACUUCAAAUUGAUCAUGAGGUCAAGGUUACAGACCAACUUGAAUCUGAAUCUGUAGUCAACGGUGGAAUUGAAGCCGGGCCUAAAUCCGAAGCUGUGCUAGAUGCUGAGGUUAAUUCCAAAGCGCAGUUUGAGGCUAAGUCUAAACUGGGGCCAGAAGCUAUAUCACAAGCGGAGUCUUCCAGUGAAACUGCAGUUGAAGCGGAGCCCAUAAUCCCAAUCAACACUGAUGCAGUGUUGGCGGCUAAAACUUCAGAGCCAGUUGUGUUCCAUGCUGUACUCACCAGCGAAGUUGAAGCUGUGGCAGCACCUGAAAGAAACUUUAUGGAAGUCAAAGAAGUUCAACCCAUUCAACCCGCUGCUGAGCCCAAACUGGAGGCUGACCGUGAUGCCUCCUUUGCAUCCAGCCCUGCGUCAUUCCAUUCUGCUGAGCCUCAAUCGCCAGGUUCAGUUUUCGCUCAUCCCACAUCUGCCGGUGGCCACGAUCUGCCGGAGUCAGAUGAGACGUUCAAUCUUUCAAGCACAAAACACACCAUUUCUGGAUUGAAAUCAGCACCAGCGGAUCUGUGUGAAACGUCACAGCUCCCAACACCCAAAAUUCGUCAACGAGAUGGCAUCCAAUAUCCAGCCAGCGUUUGUGUUCCUACAUUAAGGCAUAGUAAAAGUUCGAAUAAUUUGCCCAGACGCUUCGCAGAUGCUUUCUCGGACACCUCACCCUCAAUGGCUCCUACAGGCGACGUGAAUCGACCCAGUCGUUUUGCGGAUGCAUCUUCGGACUUUAAAAUGCGAUCAACCCCUCAUGACAAGGCCACUAGAUUGAAAACUGAUUUCGACCACAUGAGUGCCGAGUUCCGGCGCCGGGCCAAAGCCACAAGAGAGCGUGACGUUUCCCCUAUGCCUCAAUCUUCGGCACCAUACCAACCACCCGGUAAUGAUGGCUCAUCCUUUCUUUCCAAGGCUAUCACCUUAGUAUUGAUCCCCCCAAUUUAUCUUUUCGUUAUUCUACUUCAUAUCGCUGCGCGCAUUGUCAUCAACCCAACUAUCCAGCCAACUGUUACAUCAACAACGAGUGAGCCACAUUCUCAUUCACAGCAAACAAGGAAGAAUCCAACUAAAGAUGAUGACUUCAACUUUCCAUUGGAGCCUCAAAAUUCCUCGGAAUACGAAGAAGCUGAAAUUUUCAGGAAACUUGACCCUUGGGAUCUGGACUAG